UCUGAGGCGGGCGGGCGCCUCUCCAUCCUGGCAUUUCGGAGCCUCCAUCCUGGCCUCUCAAGUGCCCGGACCCAAAACAGGAAAUUUGAUUAUGACCACAGUUGAAGAAGAAUCUGACACAGUGACAGUGGAAACCGUGAAUUCCGUGACUCUGACACAAGAUCCUCAAGGCAACCUUAUUCUUCACUGCCCCCAGGAUGAGGCAGACGAAGUAGACUCGGAAGACAGCACCGAACCUCCCCACAAAAGGCUUUGCUUAUCCUCAGAAGAUGAUGAGAGCAUCGAAGGCAACCCUCCCUGCAUCUCGGUCGUGGCGCUUCCAAUUUCAGAAAGCGACCAGAGCUUUGAGGUGACCAUGACUGCCACCACAGAAGUAGCUGACCAUGAGGUUAACGAAGGAACGGUGACUCAGAUUCAGAUCCUUCAGAAUGAGCAACUGGACGAAAUCUCGUCUCUAGCCAACGAAGAAGUCUCUGCCGUCAGUCAGGCCUGGUUUACAACCAAAGAAGACAAGGAUUGUCUAACAAACAAAGGUCAUAAGUGGAAACAGGGCAUGUGGUCGAAGGAAGAAAUUCAGAUUUUGAUGAGUAACAUUGAGCGUUAUUUGAAGGCCCGUGGAAUCAAAGAUGCCACCGAGAUCAUUUUUGAGAUGUCAAAAGACGAAAGGAAAGAUUUCUACAGGACCAUCGCCUGGGGUUUGAACCGGCCUCUCUUUGCUGUUUAUAGGCGCGUCCUUCGCAUGUACGAUGACCGAAACCACGUUGGCAAGUACACUCCCGAAGAGAUUGAAAAACUCAAAGAAUUAAGAAUCAAGCACGGCAAUGACUGGGCCACGAUAGGAGCGGCUCUUGGACGGAGCGCUUCCUCCGUCAAAGACCGAUGCCGGCUGAUGAAGGACACUUGCAACACAGGGAAAUGGACGGAGAAAGAAGAGAAGAGGCUGGCGGAAGUGGUCCACGAAUUAACGAGCACCGAGCCCGGGGACAUCGUCACGCAAGGGGUCUCCUGGGCCGCGGUGGCCGAGCGCGUGGGAACCCGGUCGGAGAAGCAGUGCCGCUCCAAAUGGCUCAACUACCUCAACUGGAAGCAGAGCGGAGGCACCGAGUGGACCAAGGAAGACGAAAUCAACCUCAUUCUCAGAAUAGCAGAGCUAGAGGUCGCGGAUGAAAACGGCAUCAACUGGGAUUUGCUGGCGGAAGGCUGGAGCAGCGUCCGCUCACCCCAGUGGCUUCGGAGCAAAUGGUGGACCAUCAAGAGGCAGAUCGCAAACCACAAAGAGAUCUCCUUUCCCGUGCUGAUAAAAGGUCUGAGGCAACUGCACGAAAGCCAAAAAAACGCCCCUGCACACCAACUUCCAGACGCGAAAUCUUUACCUGGGCUGCCAAAUUCCCAUCCUGGUUCCGGGGUUCAGCACGUCCAGAUCCGCGUGGCCCGUCUGGAGGAAAGUUCCGUCUGCUCCCCUGCUUCCGUGGCAGCCUUACAGAUCCCUCUCCAGAUCACCCACGUCUCUUCUGCCGAUUCCCCUGCGGCUUCUGUCGACUCCGAAACCAUAACGCUAAAUAGUGGGACGUUACAGACUUUUGAGAUUUUGCCGUCUUUUCACCUGCAGCCAACUGGAACCCCAGGCACCUACCUACUCCAGACCAGCUCAAGCCAGGGCCUGCCUCUCACCCUGACCGCCAGCCCCACGGUCACCCUGACGGCUGCUGCGGCCCCGGCCUCCCCAGACCAGAUCAUAGUCCACGCCUUGUCCCCCGAGCACCUGCUGAACACGACGGAGAACGUCACCGUGCAGUGCCACGCGCCGAGCGUCAUCAUCCGCACCGUGGCAGCCGAAGACAUUUCUCCGCCCGCCAGCCAGGCGGAACUGAGCGCCGAUCCGGACAUGCAGCCCGUCGAUGUAGCGGGCACGCCCACCUCCCUGGAAACGGACUCUUUCCCGGAGGACCUCCACCCCUCCAAACUCCCAGGGGGAGACCCGUCCGCUUUCAGCGCCGUCGGUUCCUCCAAAUUUGGCAGCCGAAGCAGCCCGGAGCUCCUGGGAAGAGCAGGCGUCGACAUUCUGAAUUCAGAUCUCAAGCGGGAAGAUAAUUGUCCAUCGGAUUUGGCCGGCACUUACGUUUCCGAGGACCUGGGUUCUCCCACGGCCGAAGAGCAGGUGGGACCGUCCACCCUGGACAGAGCCGUCCUCAUCGUGCCUUCUCCCCGAGGCUUCAUCCAGGCGUCCGAGGACAUAGACGGAGAAUCGGUGCUGCCUCUGACCACCUUAGCAGAUCCCAUCUUACAACACCACGGAGAGAAUUCUCACAUCAUUGGCUCCUCGUUGGACAGCCCCAGUUCUGAAGACUCAAAGGGCAUGGAGAACUUAGUCAGCUGCCACUGAGGAGCUUCCCGGUCCGUAACUCCUGCGUUGGUCAAAGGAGGCUCCACCUGGCAGGGCUGGCCCAGAGGCCCCUUUGGCUCUCUUCUGAUCCCAAACGGAGACCCCUCCCAAGGGUCUGCAUUCCUGGGAUGGACAGUGAGGAAAUCCAACGCUCCAGGCUGCGAACCCAGCGGCAAACGAGCAUAUGGAGUUGAGGUGACACCGUUUUAAGAAUUUGCACCGGUCCUCCUGCUUCUGGGUAAGACUAUAGUUACAGCGUUGUAACUACCGAGGGAGCAAGAAGCUACGUGAGGAGGAAAGGUUAAUUUUUCUAGGGGUUCCAGGCUAUUCAAGCAGCCGACAAGCCGGAUCGAGAUCUUCCUUGAAACUGAAGAAUCUGUUGCUGGCAACGGAUGUCGCGCCCGAAUGAUCAGACGUAAUUCUUAAACUACUACAGCUAGAACCCCCCCCUCCCGAGUGUAGCAUGGAGACUUUCAAGCUGCGAUAAAUUUAGGCGUCCGUUUUCAAUCCCCGAGGAGACCACCUGCUGUCAGUUCAAAAAUCGAUUCACGUAACAAUGAAUUUGUAGUGAACACGAGAAGCCGGUCGCGGAGGGAAGGAGCGGAAAUUAACCAGCUUAACGCGAGCGAAACUCUCUUCUCUUCUGUCAUAGUAAAUGCCUUUUUAUUUAUAAUGUAGUAUAGACAUUUGCAGUGCUGCGGGUUUUUUUGUACAGUGUAAUAAUAAAAAAAGAAGGCCGUUUUUUUCCCCCCCACACACAAUGGGGAGGGGGGAAAAAGGGUGCGCCACUCUGAAAAACACAAA